GAAUUUAUGAUGACUACCGCAAGCGCAGCUCUGAGUUCUCGUCUCCGCACUUCGCAGUCGCAGUUCUCUGUUCUCACUCUCAUCAGGUCUUGACAACGGCGACACAUCACUCAGCUUCAGCGGCUCAGACUCAGCUCUUGAGUCUCCUCUUCUGUCGGUCGGCGUUGAUCGGUCGUCUUCUUCAACGUUGGCCAGAGCUCGUCUUCUUCACCCUUCACUCUCAACGAGCUCAAUAGCGAUCGGCGGUCACAUUCUUCACUCUUCUCUGGCCUUCGUUUUCUUCACACUUCAGAACGGCAGCGUCGAGUCUUCAAUUCUUCACCCUUCUCGUCUUCAUCUUAUCCCCCAGAACCUCCACUUCCAUGUUACAUUCUUUUUUUGAUACAUCCAUGUUACAUUCUUUGCUGUACUUUCUUCUUUUUCUCUGCUAUUUGAAAAUUAUCAAAUCCGAUUGUGUGGCUAGUUGAUUGAUCUUGUGGUGUUGCUCGGAGUUUGGUGAUGAAUGCCUAUCUCUCAGUACGUGCUCCAACUUCAACGAUCUUCAGCGUGCCUCAACCUAACUCUCGCCAAGAAACUUCAUGCUCAAAUCUUGAAAUCUGGCCUUCAUUUACGCGAGCCUUUGCCCAACACUCUGCUCGACGCCUACGGCAAAUGUGGUAUUGUUCAAAAUGCUCUUCUACUGUUCGAAGAAAUGCCUCACAGAGAUUGUGUCUCCUGGGCAACGCUUCUCACUGCCUGCAACCGGUCCAACCAUCCACACAAAGCACUCUCCGUCUCUUGUUCAAUUCUUAAGAAUGAUAAGUUACAACCUGACCAUUUUGUGCUUGCUAGCCUCGUCAAGGCUUGUGCUAAUGUGGGUGCUGUGAGGCAAGGUAAACAAGUCCAUGCUCGCUUUUUGUUGUCGCCCUUCUGGGAAGACGAUGUUGUGAAGUCAUCAUUGGUCGAUAUGUACGCCAAAUGUGAGUUGCCUGAUCAUGCACGUUCCGUGUUUGAUUCAAUUUCUUCGUUAAAUCUGGUUUCUUGGACUGCUAUGAUAUCUGGGUAUGCUCGCAAUGGACGAAAAUCAGAUGCUAUUGAACUGUUUUGUAGUGUACCUUACAAGAACUUGUUUACUUGGACAGCUUUGAUUUCUGGGUUGAUACAGAGCGGGAAUGAAGUUGAUGGUUUGCGCUUCUUCAUUGAAAUGAGAAAAGAUGGGAUUGAUAUCGUAGACCCAUUGGUUCUUUCGAGCGUAGUUGGUGCUUGUGCCAAUUUAGCUGUUAUGGAGCUUGGAAAACAGAUACAUGGUCUGGUUAUAACUCUUGGAUAUGAAUCUUGCUUAUUCAUAAGCAAUGCUCUUGUAGAUAUGUACGCCAAAUGUAGUGACCUUUUAGCAGCGAAAGAUAUCUUCUAUAAAUUGUGCAAGAAGGACGUCAUUUCUUGGACUUCAAUUAUUGUUGGCGCUGCUCAGCAUGGUCAAGCUGAGGAGGCAUUGGCUUUGUAUGAUGAAAUGGUUUUGGCUGGGUUCAAGCCAAAUGAAGUGACCUUCGUUGGAUUGAUCUAUGCAUGCGGUAAUGUUGGUCUAGUUGACAAAGGUCGUUCUUUGUUCAGAUCUAUGGUUGAAGAUUACAACAUCACCCCGUCUUUGAAACACUAUACUUGCUUGCUUGAUCUUUAUAGUCGAUCUGGUUACCUCGAAGAAGCAGAAAAUAUAAUCGAAACUAUGCCAUUCAAGCCUGAUGAACCUACUUGGGCUGCAUUACUUAGUGCUUGCAAGUCCCAUGGUAAAACCCAGAUGGCAAUUAGGAUUGCUGAUCAUUUGUCCAAUACAAAACUAGAAGAUCCCUCCACCUAUAUAUUGCUGUCUAAUAUCUAUGCGGGAGCUGGUAUGUGGGAAGGUGUGUCGAAAGCAAGAGAGUCAAUGGCAAUGAUGGAAGUCAAGAAGGAACCAGGUUACAGCUCCGUUGAUUUGGGAAAGGAAAGCCAUGUGUUUUAUGCUGGAGAGACAUGUCAUCCACUGAAGGAUGAGAUUCUAGGUUUAAUGAGAAAGAUAGAUGCAGAGAUGAGGAGAAGAGGUUAUGUUCCUGAUACUAGUUCUGUCUUACACGACAUGGAUCAGCAAGAGAAAGAGAGACAGCUUUUCUGGCACAGUGAGAGGUUAGCUGUGGCCUAUGGGCUUCUCAAGGCUGUUCCUGGUACAAUUAUACGCAUAGUGAAAAAUCUUCGUGUUUGUGGAGAUUGCCAUACUGUUUUGAAACUCAUCAGCACUAUUGCAAGCAGAGAGAUUUAUGUUCGAGAUGCCAAGAGAUAUCACCACUUUAGGGAUGGAAAAUGUUCAUGCAAUGAUUUUUGGUGACUUCGAUGGUCUGAUCGAAAAAAUUAGUAAUAGAGAAUAUGAAGAUAAUGUUACAACGAGAUAUUGUUAAUCUGUAAAUUAGGAAGUAAAAAUUAAACAUGAGAAUUAUAAAUGAUUUAAUUAGUUUUAUUCUGAAUUUAAUUAUAUGUUUGUUAGAUUCGUAUUAUUUUUAAUUAAAUAUCUUUUUAAUUUUUUUAGUAA